CCGGGCUCCGCUCUUGCCUUCUCCACACUUGUUUGAUUUAUGAGGAAUCCAAGAUGAAUUUGGAGCAGGAGAGGCCGUUUGUCUGCAGUGCCCCAGGCUGCUCUCAGCGCUUCCCAACAGAGGACCAUCUGAUGAUUCAUAGGCACAAGCAUGAAAUGACUUUGAAGUUUCCCUCAAUAAAAACAGACAAUAUGUUAUCAGAUCAGACUCCGACCCCAACGAGAUUCCUGAAGAACUGCGAGGAGGUGGGGCUCUUCAAUGAGCUGGACUGCUCCCUCGAGCAUGAGUUCAGGAAGGCUCAGGAGGAGGAGAGCAGCAAGCGGAAUAUCUCGAUGCAUAACACAGUUGGUGGGGCCAUGGCGGGGCCCGGAGCUCACCAGCUUGGCAGCACCCGGAUGCCCAACCACGACACCAGCGUUGUGAUUCAGCAAGCCAUGCCGUCACCCCAGUCCAGCUCUGUCAUCACACAGGCACCUUCCACCAACCGCCAGAUUGGGCCUGUCCCAGGCUCUCUAUCUUCUCUGCUACAUCUCCACAACAGACAGAGACAGCCCAUGCCAGCCUCCAUGCCUGGGACCCUGCCCAACCCAACAAUGCCGGGAUCUUCGGCCGUCUUGAUGCCAAUGGAGAGACAAAUGUCAGUGAACUCCAACCUCCUGGGAAUGCAAGGUCCAAAUCUCAGCAACCCCUGUGCUUCUCCCCAAGUCCAGCCAAUGCAUUCAGAAGCCAAAAUGAGGCUGAAGGCCGCAUUGACUCACCACCCCGCUGCCAUGUCAAACGGGAAUAUGAACACCAUGGGACACAUGAUGGACAUGAUGGGCUCCCGGCAGGACCAGACGCCACACCAUCAUAUGCACUCGCACCCGCAUCAGCACCAGACACUGCCAGCCCACCACCCCUACCCACACCAGCACCAGCACCCAGCACACCACCCUCACCCUCAACCCCAUCACCAGCAGAACCACCCUCAUCAUCACUCCCACCUUCACGCACACCCUGCACAUCACCAGACCUCGCCACACCCACCCCUGCACUCCGGCAACCAAGCACAGGUUUCACCAGCGACACAACAGAUGCAGCCAACCCAGACUAUACAGCCGCCCCAGCCCACAGGGGGGCGCCGGCGAAGGGUGGUGGAUGAGGAUCCCGACGAGAGGCGGAGGAAAUUUCUGGAACGGAACCGGGCCGCUGCCACCCGCUGCAGACAGAAGAGGAAGGUCUGGGUGAUGUCACUGGAAAAGAAAGCAGAAGAACUCACCCAGACAAACAUGCAGCUUCAGAAUGAAGUGUCCAUGUUGAAAAACGAGGUGGCCCAGCUGAAACAGUUGUUGUUAACGCAUAAAGACUGUCCAAUAACAGCCAUGCAGAAAGAAUCACAAGGAUAUCUAAGUCCGGAGAGCAGCCCUCCUGCCAGCCCUGUCCCAGCUUGCUCUCAGCAGCAGGUCAUCCAGCAUAACACCAUCACCACCUCCUCCGCGGUGAGCGAGGUGGUGGGAAGCUCCACCCUCAGUCAGCUCACCACUCACAGAACAGACCUGAAUCCCAUCCUUUAAAAUCCACCGCUGGGUCAGACCUUGCCUCCAAGAAGAGCUGUCGCAUAUCAUGCGUCCUUUCUUUUAAGGGCAUUUUUAGAAUCAACCGAGACCUGGAAGACUCCUCAGCCCUUCAGAGACUGGCUUUCAUUUUUAUAGUUAUUAUGGAAAUGUUGUCUUUUAUACUUAGUUCUAUAAGAAAAAAAAAGGGAGUUAUGCAAUUAAUUAACCUUUCAGCUUGGGAAAUGCUUUGGUGCUUUUCUCCAAUUUUCUGGUACCAGUUCACUUGUUUAUAAACUGAACUCUUUCUGUAUAUAGACACAGUUUCAUUCUUAUUGGUCCAACGCUUUGCCUGAAACAUUGAAUCUUGUUAAACUGCAGCUUUUAGCCAAAAUGAGGCAUACCCAGAUGUCACGUAAAUGGAUGCAAGGUAACUGGGUGGUGAGUCUGAUGACGUCGUUACACAUGCUGAGUUUGUGCUGUGAUGUCACUAGGAUUCCAGACAAACACAGACCCUUUUCCAUAUUUGUUUUCCUCUGACUAUAAAACAAAUUAGGAGAUCUGUUGAUGUCCAAAUAAAACCACCGAGCAUCUCGCCACCUCUCCUCCACCUCUUGGCCCACCUCCUUGAAUUACCCUCCAGUUUUCUCCAUUCUUCCUCUCCAUUUCCACCUUUUCCUGGGUCCCCUAUGUACUCUUCAUUUUUACAUUCUUCUCUUUUAUAUUUCCGCCUUUAGCAUUGCAGGUAAAAAAGAAAAUAAGUAAAUCUCAGAAAUACGGAUCUAGCCAUUGCUUCUCUUGCCUGUGACCCACAGCUGGAGUUCAUUCAUCUCUUGCUUUUUAUAAAAUGGUAAGCAGGAGAUGUUUAAUGUGCCUGAUUUAAUGUUUUUAAUAAUCAGAGCAAAUAAAAGUUGGCUUAGCUGUAGGUGAAACGUUGUUGAAUGCCAGCUGUGGAGACAUCAGGGAAGGGAGCCUGUAAGCCUUGAUUGUGAAGGUCCACAUUGUGACAUGGGCUACAGCAUCACACCCUCGAAUUACAACUGGUUUUAUAUGGCCUGUCUAUAUGGCUGAAAAUCCAUACACUAUGUAAUAAUUCAGAAGGGCUCUGUUCACUACACAAAUUACAUUGGUCAAUCAUCAGCUGCUAAUAGACUAAGAUUUAUUAAUUAUUUUUUUUCUUAAGCCUAUGGAACUGGCUUUGCUAUUCUGGUGGGGGAAGUAGACAUUCUACUAGAGGAACAAAGAGAGAAAGAAAACCUGAUGUUUCUAUAGGAGUGCAUUCAACCUCCUCACCGCCCCCCCCACCCCUGCUCCCAGGAUAGCCAAAGCCUUUUUUGGCUGCUGCAAGAAUCCCAUGGAUAUGGCUACUCUGUUCUUCUGAAUAAUCCUGAUUUAUAUUUUCAACAACUUUCAUCAGCUUGCCCGUUAUAAAAAGUAGAUAGUCUUGAACCACAGUUGUGCCUCCUUGAAACAAGCCAUUCUACUGUGCUAAUGUGUUGAUAUCACAUCUCACAAGUAACAGGCUAACAUUUUUCUCCAGCAGUCUAGACAGGUGCUGGUGUUUCAUCUCCAUUUGAAUGCUUGAUGUCCUAACAUGAGUGUGUGUGUGUGUGUGUGUGUGUGUGUGUGUGUGUGUGUGUGUGUGUUCAUGGGAUUUAAAAUAAUAGUAUUUUACAAAAGGUGUAGCUUUUAUAAGAGUUCAAAAAAGGGAAAGAUGUGUGUGAGUGUGUAUAUAUGUGUUUCUCUCUCCCUGUAGCAUAAGAAUCUAUUUUGGAGAAAAAAAGAAAAUAUGAGGGUCGUGAAGCAUGAUUUUUAUAACUAGUUUCAGGUGUAUCUAAUAACUCUUUGAGUCAGUAUUUAUCAACCAUUUUUUUUCAUGUAUGCAGUGCUUUCAAAAGAAAGUUUUGAGUGUCCAGGGAAACUCAUGACUGGAUAUAUGACCUAAAAAUCAAAACAAAAGCAAAAGCAAAACAAAAAACAAACACAAAAAAAACCCAAAAAUUUUUUAAUUUUAA